UCAGCCUGCAGCUGCUUUCGUUUUCUUUUCCCUUACGCGGCUCACUUCCAAGUAGCGCGACCAGAAUCGGCCGGUUCCCGGGACUUCCCGAGCGCCCCGCCUCGGCCCGCCCCUGUUUCCUUCCCCAGCCGCCCAUUCCGCGCCCUCUCUAGCCUGCGAGGGCCUCCAGCUCGGCGGGGACGCCAGGGAGCCCCAGGUCCGGGCGCGACUCCGGGCUGCGCGCGCGCGCUCGCCAAUGGCCGGCUCAGGGUCCCCCGCGCCCAGCGGUUGCCUCUACCUCUCCCGAGCUUCCCUGCCGUGGCUGGGGACAACGCUGCUGCUUCUAGCCGACUGGGUGCUGCUCCGGCCGGCCCUGCCCAGAAUAUUCUCCUUUUUGGUGCCUUCCACGCUGCCGUUGCUUCGGGUCUGGGGGGUGGGCCUGAGCCGCUGGGCUGUGCUGGGGCUGGGGGCCCGCGGGGUCCUCAGGGCGACGGAUGGCUCCAAGAGCGGAAGCGCAGGAGUCCUGGGCUGGCUGGCUGCUUCGGAGUCCCUGGCGGCGGCGCUGGGCCUGGCGCUGCCGGUACUUGCCUUGUUCAGAGAGCUGGGCUCCUGGGGAGUCCCCAGGGACUCUCACAGCACCAGGCUGCUGCACUGGGGAUGUCGCCCCGACGCCUUCGCCCUCAGCUACGCUGCAGUGCUGCCCGCAGCUGCUCUGUGGCGCAAGCUCGGGAGCCUUUGGGUACGCGGAGGUCAACGGGAAUAUGCAGACGCGGUGCGCCGGCUUCUAGGCUGCCUGGGCUCGGACAUACGGCGCCUGCCGCUCGUUCUGGGCCUGCUGGUCCUUUCCUGUGCCGGGGAGAUGGCCAUUCCCUUCUUCACUGGCCGCCUCACCGACUGGAUUCUACAAGACAAGGCAGCCUCUGCCUUCACUCGAAAUGUAACUCUCAUGUCCGUUCUCACUGUAGCCAGUGCAGUGCUGGAGUUCAUGGGUGAUGGGAUCUACAAUGGCAGCAUGGGCCGCGCGCAUAGCCACUUGCAGGGAGAGGUGUUUCGGGCUGUCCUGCAGCAGGAAACAGAGUUUUUCCAAGAGAACCAAACAGGCGCCAUCGCAUCUCGGGUUACAGCGGACACGUCCUCCCUGAGUGAGUCUCUAAGUGAGAAGCUGAGCCUGUUGCUGUGGUACCUGGUGCGUGGGCUGUGUCUGCUGGGGCUCAUGCUCUGGGGGUCACUCUCCCUCACCAUGGUCACCCUGGUUGCCCUGCCUCUGCUUUUCCUUCUGCCCAAGAAGCUUGGAAAAUGGCACCAGGUGCUGGCAGCACAGGUGCAGGAAUCUCUGGCAGAGUCCAGCCAGGUGGCCAUUGAGGUUCUGUCAGCGAUGCCUACAGUCCGGAGCUUUGCCAAUGAGGAGGGUGAGGCCCAGAAGUUUAGGCAGAAGCUGCAGGAAAUGAACACACUCAGCCAGAAGGAGGCCCUGGCCUAUGCCGUCAGCCUGUGGACCACUACUAUCUCAGGGAUGCUGCUGAAGGUGGCGAUCCUAUACAUUGGUGGGCAUCUGGUGAUAAGUGGGGCUGUAAGCAGUGGGGACCUUGUCACCUUUGUUCUCUACCAGGUCCAGUUCACUACAGUGGUUGAGGUACUGCUCUCCACCUAUCCCAAUAUACAGAAGGCUGUGGGCUCCUCAGAGAAAAUAUUCGAAUACCUGGACCGGAUCCCUCGCUGCCCAGCCAAUGGUGUGUCGACUCCCUUAAACUUGAAAGGCCUCGUCCAGUUCCAAGAUGUCUCCUUCGCCUACCCAAACCGUCCAGAGGUCCUCGUGUUGCAGGGGCUGACGUUUACCCUCCGUCCUGGGGAGGUGACAGCACUGGUGGGACCCAGUGGGUCUGGGAAGAGCACAGUGGCUGCCCUGCUGCAGAAUCUGUACCAGCCCACCGGGGGGCAGCUGCUCCUGGAUGGGGAGCCCCUUCCCCAGUAUGAGCACCGCUACCUGCACAGACAGGUGGCUGCUGUGGGACAAGAGCCACAGCUAUUUGGAAGAAGUUUUCAAGAAAAUAUUGCCUAUGGCCUGAUCCAGAAGCCAACUAUGGAGGAAAUCAUAGCUGCUGCAAUGGAGUCUGGAGCCCAUAGCUUCAUCUCUGAACUCCCUCAGAGCUACAACACAGAGGUGGGUGAGGCUGGGAACCAGCUGUCAGGUGGUCAGCGGCAGGCAGUGGCCUUGGCUCGAGCACUGAUCCGGAAACCUCGGGUGCUUAUCCUGGAUGAUGCUACCAGUGCCUUGGAUGCAAAGAGCCAGUUACGGUUGGAGCAGCUCCUGUAUGAAAGCCCUGAGCGGUGCUCGCGGUCUGUGCUUCUCAUCACCCAGCAUCUCAGCUCAGUGGAACAGGCUGACCACAUCCUCUUUCUAGAAGGAGGCACCAUCUGUGAGGCGGGAACCCACCGGCAGCUCAUGGAGAAUAGGGGAUGCUACUGGAACAUGGUGCAGGCUGCUAGUGGGUCAGAUGCUCCGGAAUGAAAGACUUGUCAGACCUGCACGCUCCAUCUUUUUUUUUCCUCUCUAUAGUGGAGAAUUUGAGAAUAGAGAUCUUACCAGAGCUGCAAAGCAGACAGCUACUUCUAGGAGGAGUGACACCCUAAAGUUAACUCCCUUAGUAAUGCAUGAAAGUCUGCCCAUGAGUGUUACCCUCACAACAAGCUCCCCUUGAUAAUGCAGAUUUCCUGGAAGAAAACAGGAUUAAUAACUCCUUAGUGUGACUGGGUUUAGAGCCAGGGUUGGUAUGGAUAGCACCCUGAAAAUGAGGAGAAAUAUUUAGAAUAUACCAAAAGGGAAGAUCAGCUACUUUCCAGUAUGACCAGAGGCAUAUGUUGGAUCAUAAAUGCCCUGUGGGUUCUGAUAUUUAUAAUAAAAUCAGUGUUUUGUACUAUG